ACCGAGCAUCAUCUCUAUCCCUGGCUUCCACCAAACAUCAUCUCUCUCUCUCUAUGGCUUUCACCAAUAACCAAAGAACAUGGAGUUCAAUGGUAGGUGGACCCGACAAAUAGCGAGCGGCGUCCUGAGGAAGGCAACGCGGCACCACCAUCUGAACCUUCCGGGAAACAUCGGGUCACCUCCACCUGAACCUUCCGGCGCAUAUCCUUCUACACACGGCUUCAGAUAUGAAGAUCUGAGAAUGAAUGCCUUCCCAAAAUAUUUUUGAUGCUCCGCCACAGCUUCCUUACCAAAAAUCUCAAGCAUCCUUCACCUCCGAAAGCAAAAAAACUUGAAGCUUUGCAUCUUUCCUAUAUAUCCUUCGACACACGCAUUGACAACCCAAUUACCUCAUGCGUAUCUCUUUUGCCUUAGUUGUCUUCUUCAUCUGAACGAGCAUCAGUCCCAAAUGGCGGACCGAGAGGACAAAGAGAAGCAGCUGAGGGAGGGAGGACAGGAAAAGCUGGUGCUGAGCGGACGCAGAAAGGCAAGGCGAGCAUGUGCUCGCCAGGUGAAUUGCCUAAGCGCUAGCUAAAGGUGAUCCACGGUCCUGACAUCGUCUAAGAGGAGAGGCCAGACGAAUUAGAACUGUUGAUUUCUCUGUUUCCACUUCACUCUUUGGUAUUGAGGAGCCAGUUUAAGACUUAUGAAAAGAUCAAGGUCACCCCGAUAUUCCGACCGGUCGGAUUACGAGGAAUAUGAAGCUGCAUCUUCUUCAUCGUCCCACCCACCAGUGAGGGAAGAUGGUUUCCAGUAUGAUGUGUUCCUAAACUUUAGGGGACCGGACACUCGCAAGGGCUUCACCAGCCAUCUCUAUCAAACAUUACAAGACAAGGGCAUCCACACUUUCAUCGACAGCGAGGAGUUGGAGAAGGGUCAGAAGGUGAAAGAGCUAUUUGGGUACAUAGAGAGAUCCCAAAUAUUUGUGCCUAUCUUCUCCAAAGGUUAUGCCGAUUCAGAGUGGUGUUUGAAAGAGAUAGCCAAGAUGGUGGAGUGCAAGAGGCUCAUCAUACCAGUAUUCUUUGAUAUUGAGCCAAGAGAUGUCCGUGGUCAAUCCGGCCCUUUCGAACUAGCAUUCACAAGAUAUGUUGAAAAUGAUAAAACAAACAAGGAGGAGGUGAGGAAAUGGAGAAAUGCUCUGAUCGAAGCAGGGGAAGUCUCAGGGUAUACCUUGGCCAAUACUUGUGUAGACGAGGCGACUGAGAUCAAAAAAAUUGUGACGAGGAUCUUGACAGAAGUAAACAGGGCCCCUCUAUUUAUUGGAGCCACACAUCCAAUAGGUCUAGAUUCUAGAAUUGCAGAGUUGGUGGAGGUGCUGGAUGUUGAAGCCCAUAAUGAUGUCAAAAUGGUUGGGAUCCAUGGAAUGGGUGGGAUCGGCAAGACGACUCUUGCCAGGGCUGUCUAUAACAAACUCUUUCUGCAUUUUGAUGCUUGUAGCUUCAUUUCAGACGUUAGAGAAGCAGCAAAACAGUCCAAACUCGUUUCCCUCCAAGAACAGCUGCUUCGUGAUGUUCUCAAGGAUGAAAAGGUGAAAGUAAAUGACACUGCUCAUGGAACUGGCAUGAUCAUGGAUCGAAUUAAGCAUAAGAAGGUUCUGCUAGUUCUUGACGACGUUGAUAGUGAAUCACAGCUCGGUGCAUUGGUCGGCAGUGUGGAUCAUUUUCGGCCUGGGUCAAGAAUCAUCAUUACUACUAGGGAUAAGCAGGUGUUGAUUGGGCCACCAACACUAAGAGUAAAAAAUGUGUAUGAGAUUAAGGAACUCGAUCCUGCCCAAGCACUUCAGCUUUUCAGUUGGCAUGCAUUUGGGAAAGAGGAGCCACCAGCUGAAUUUGCAAAUUUAUCAAAGGAAGUUGCAGCUACUGCUGCUGGGCUGCCACUAGCCCUCAAAAUAUUCGGUAGACAUUUCUUGUGCCAGAAAACAAAUAAACAACGAGAAGCCAUGCUGAAAAAGUUGAAGAAAGAUCAACACAAAGAUAUCCAUGAGAGGUUGAAGAUAAGUUUUGAUGCCCUUGAUAAAGAAGAAAAAAUUGUAUUUUUGGACAUAGCUUGCUUCUUUGUCGGUGAACAAACCAGUUUUGCAACUUUCAUGUGGGAAGAAUGCGAGCUCUUUCCAGACCUAACAAUCGAAGUCUUAAUGCACAAGUGUCUAGUCAAUAUAAAUCAAGAUACAAGAGCGUUUGAAAUGCAUGACCAUAUUCGAGACAUGGGAAGAAAAAUUGUGGAAGAUGAGAGCGGUUCAGAUCCAGGAAUGCGCAGCAGGUUGUGGAAGAAAGAUGACAUACUAUAUGUGCUGCCAAACAAGAGGGGAACAGAAAAAAUUGAAGCCAUCGAUAUCUCUUGUCCAUCGAUAGAUUCAGUGGAUGUGGACGCAGAGUCCUUUGCAGGAAUGUCUUUAUUGAAAGAUUCAGUGGAUGUAGACGUAGAGUCCUUUGCAGGAAUGUCUCAACUUAGAAUGCUUCGGUUGGGGAACGUGAGAUUGGGAGGAGAAUAUGGGCAUCUUCCUAGGACCCUCAAAUGGUUGAAUUGGAACCCACGGUACUUGGAUUCAUUGCCUAGCACCCUUCCUCUUGAGAAUAUUGUUGUUCUUGAUUUAUCAAGAAGUUCUAUAACUCAAGUAUGGAACAACCACGGAUAUAAAGAGACCAAGGUGUUUGGCCAAUUAAAAGUACUAAAUCUCAGUGAAUGCCGGAAUCUCAACAUUUGUCCUGAUUUUACGACCAUGCGACAUCUAGAGAUACUGGAUCUUCUUAAUUGUCGAAAGAUGACUGAACUUCAUCCAAGUAUUGGACAUCUCAAGAGCUUGACUCGCUUGAAUUUGCGUUGGUGCUUUUCACUAAGGGGACUGCCUAAGGAAGUUUGGGAAUUGACAUCGCUUGAAGAGCUUGACAUCAGCAACUGCGUUCAAAUUAUAGCUUUGCCAUCACAGUUGGUGGAUUCCAAGUCAUUGAAGCGGCCUUUGCUUGGCAAAUUAAAAGUCAUGAAUCUCGAUUCCUGCGUCAAUCUUGUCAUCUGUCCAGAUUUUACUUGCAUGCCAAAUAUAGAGAAAUUGAAUUUUGGAUGUUGUUUUAAUAUGACUAACCUUCAUCCAUCUAUUGGGCAACUCAAGAGCUUGACUUAUUUGUCUUUGUGGGGGUGCCAAUCACUAAAAGAACUGCCUGAAGGAGUUUGGCAAUUGACAUCGCUUGAAGAGAUUGACCUCAGCGAGUGCUCUCAAAUUAGAGCUUUGCCAUCACAGUUGUUGUAUUGUAAGUCAUUGAAGCGGCCCUUGCUUGACAAAUUAAAAGUCACUGGAGGUGGAGGGUCUUGUUCCAAUCAUUUCAGCCACGCCAUUCGAGAACAGGUGAAUGAAACACCAGAAACCACCAUUCGAGAACAGGUGAAUGAAACACCAGAAACCACCAUUCGAGGCCGCUUUCAGGCUGAUAGAUAUGAGGAGCUAUCCUUGAGAAUAGUUAGGGCCCUUGAAGGUUUACCAUUAGCUAUUAAAAUCCUUGCAUCAACUUUGUAUAAUAACGGAGAUGCAAAGGAUCAGUGGGAUGAAGGAAUGAUCACGAUGUCCUUGAAGGGGCUUCGUGAUGACCGGAUUUACACAAUGCUAAAGGUAAGCUACGAUCGUCUAACUGAUAGUAAUCAGAGAUCCAUUUUCCUUGAUGUUGCGUGCUUCUUUAGUGGAAUCGAUCCAGAAACUGCAAUUCAUAUAUGGGAUGCUUUUGAUCGGAGCGAGAGAGGAGAAGAAGGGCUGCUGAAACUGAGCAUGGAAGCUUCUUCUUCACCAUCGCCGUUGGUGUCCGCGUUCCCGUUUGAGUAUGAAGUCUUUCUGAGUUUUCGGGGAGUAGACACGCGUACGACAUUCACCGAUCAUCUCUACCAAGCACUCCGCCGAAGCGGCAUCCAUGUAUUCCGGGACAGCGAGGGUUUGCGUGCGGGCGAUAGGAUCGAUGAUCUGCUUGGGGUGAUCAACAGGUCGGAGAUGUUCAUACCCAUCUUCUCUAGUAACUAUGCCCACUCCAUAUGGUGUCUCAAGGAGAUUCGGGAGAUAGUGAAGGUAGCUUCGGUGGGAGAAAGCAAGAGGUUGAUCCUUCCUGUUUUCUACGAUGUUACGCCCCAACAAGUGGGAGACCAGAAACCACCGUUCGAGGCCGCUUUCAGGGUGCAUGAGCAAGACGAGGAGGUGGAGGCACAGACGGUGAUGGAAUGGAGGAAGGCGUUGAAGACGGCAUCAGGGUUUUUCGCCUACGAAUGUCAAGGACAUCAUGAAGCACGGCUUGUUGAUGAGAUUGUUGAGAGGGUUCUACAAGAAGUAAAGAGUUACCCACAGGAUGCAGUGGAACAGCUUGUUGGAAUCAAGAAACGGGCAAAUGAUGUCAUCAAGGAAUUGGACCUCAACUCUAAGGCUGCAAGAAUGGUGGUAAUCCAUGGAAUCGGGGGACUUGGCAAGACCACAGUUGGAAGAGCCGUCUACGACGAGAUUAAAACACGAUUUCAGUUCCACUGCUUCAUAGAGGGUAUCAGCAAAAAAACAGCGGGACCAGAAGGACUCGUCAACAUACAACGUGAUUUGGUGUUUGAAAUUUCCAAAGAUCGAAGGACGAUAUGCAGUACCAGUGAAGGAACUGGCAUGCUCCGAAGGCUUUAUGGGAAUAAGAAGGUGUUGAUUGUUCUUGAUGAUGUUGAUGGUGUAGAACAAGUUCAAGCACUAGCUGGGAAAUGGGCGUGGUUCCAGCAAGGCAGCAGAAUCAUUGUCACCACAAGGGAUAAGGGAACGCUCGCUCUUCCUGAUUGGGAAAAACAUAAGAUCUACAUGCUGCUGACACCGCUGGAUGAAAUUGAAUCUCUCCAGCUUUUCAGUUGGCAUGCUUUUGGAAAAAAAUCUCCAGCUGAUGGAUAUGAGGAGCUAUCCAAGAGAAUAGUUAGGGCCCUUGAAGGUUUACCAUUAGCUAUCAAAAUCCUUGCAUCAACUUUGUAUAAUAACGGAGAUGCAAAGGAUCAGUGGGAUGAAGGAAUGAUCUUGAGGUCCUUGAAGGGGCUUCGUGAUGACCGACUUUACACAACGCUAAAGGUAAGCUACGACCGUCUAACUGAUAGUGAUCAGAGAUCCAUUUUCCUUGAUGUUGCGUGCUUUUUUAGUGGAAUCGAUCAAGAAACUGCGAUUCAUAUAUGGGAUGCUUGUGGCUUUUCUUCAAGGCUUUCGAUUAAAGCUCUUAUUCACAAAUCUCUCAUAAAAAUAAUUAAUGAUAAACUGGAGAUGCCCAAGAUACUGCAAGAAAUGGGAAGGCGUAUAGUUGAAGAAGAACCUGGGACAGGACCGGAAUGGCGUAGUAGGCUGUGGAAGCAACAAGAUAUAAUGGAUGUGCUAAAACAGCGAAAGGGAACAAGUAAGAUAGAAGCAAUCGGACUUAUCAAAGGAAAUGACAAGGCAGAGCGUGAAGAACAUGAUAAUGUUCUUAUUAAUGCCCCUAAUCAUGAUGAUGACACAGAUAGCGACGAUAAGAGACUCGUGGAAGCUGCUGAUUUUGCCUCUAUGGACAGACUUAGACUGCUUAUGAUCAAUCAUGUCGACUUAAAGGGUAGAUGCAGAAGAAUGCCUAAACGUAUCAAGUUGCUGCAGUGGCAACGGUGCCCGUUCAAAUCACUUCCACCUGAUUUUCAUUUAAAGGAAGUUGUGGCUCUCGAUCUCUCAUACAGCAGCAUCGUCAAAGUGAAAAGAAAUCAAGGGUGGCCUACGAGACGCAUAGCCAUUUUUCUUGCGUCACUUAUGUCACUGCCGCUUAUGUUUCUCACAUUUCUCACGUCCACCGCGGUGCCCUUACCGACGACAUUGGCUCCUUUCGUCCUCCUUUGUCUAUGUCUGGUUUCUGCCACGCCAGAAAAGCUUAUCGAGCGAAGAAUGGUGAAAGAAAUAGUCUUUGAAAAAUUGAAAGUUCUUGAUCUGACUGCCUGCAAUGAGCUUACCAUCACUCCUGAUCUAUCUGCAUCUCCUGGCUUAGAGAAAUUGGUGCUGGAUCGCUGUGAUAAUCUGGUUAAGAUCCACGAGUCCAUUGCGCUUCUCAAGAAGUUGGUGUUAUUGAGUAUGAGUCGCUGCAAGAAGUUGAAGGAGCUGCCCGACUGCAUUGGUAAACUGGGAUCCCUCGUUGUACUCGACGCUUCCAAUUGCCCCAAGUUGAAAGAAGCGCGAGAGAGGGAAAGGGUUCUUGAACCGGAAGGGCCUAAGGUUAGCUUAUCUGAUUUGUUGAACUGGAUGCUCCAAAGUGACUCGCAGGUAUCAAACGCUUGCUCUGUGGACGAGUCGGUGAUGGCCCAAGAUAAGCGCCUGUUAGAAAAGCUUUAUCUUUCAGGAACAAGUAUAGGAAAGUUGCCAUUCUCCAUUUGUUUUCUCCAAGAAAGACUUCGGACAUUGCAUCUGAAUGACUGCAAACUGCUAGCAGAAGUACCGGAAUGGAUUGCAGGCUUAUGCCUUCUGGAAGACCUUUCCAUCUCCAACUGUCCAUCGAUCACAGGACUGCCCAACGCUAUAGGAUCGCUGAAAAAACUUCAAAGCUUGAACCUUUCACAUUGUAACGGGAUUGAAAAUUUACCAGAUAGCGUUGGAGGUCUUGAAUCACUCACUAAGCUUCUCUUGGAAAACACAUCACUGGUGGACCUGCCAGAGUCAGUGGGAUGUUUGGGGAAGUUGAAGAUCCUACAUCUUGGUUCUUGCAAGCAGCUUGAGAGAUUGCCAUCAUCCAUUGGGAAAUUGGGAGACCUGACUGAGCUUAUCCUUGAUGGCACCAAUAUUGAUGAGCUGCUACCGAGUUCAAUAGCAUCAUUGCAAAAGCUGCAACUGUUGUCGGUAAGAGGAUGCAGAAGACUCGAGCACUUGCCAACUGGUCUAAGGGAGGACCUGACUGUCCUAAGAGAAGAACAGCAAGCAAAAAAACGUAUCAAGUAAUUCAUCUACAUGCGCUUGAAGGAAUUGGUGCGUGAAGAACAAAGGGCUAGCUUAAUAGAUGGACUGUGACAAAUGGGAGGUCCGUUUACAGGGAAAGCGAGAGGCCAAUCUCACGAGGAAGAAUGCAGAUGAGGGACAGUUUACGCGUCUUGGAAUUAAUGUAUCAGAAGAGCCUUUGAUAUUCCUGACAAUUAAGGAGAUGAAAUCCUUGUCCAAUCUAAUUCAACCGCACUG